AUGCUGGCAGCCGUCCAAGCACGCACUUCAGCCGCGGCUGCUACUACGCCUGCUCCACGAGCUGCUGUGAUCGCACCCAAGAGCGUCUCGCGCAUCGUCGUUGCUGCCAAUGGUUCAUCUAGUUACCAUGGACGCACAAGUACUCUAUUCGAUGAGGGUCCCCAUGAUAGACCCACUGCUGAAGUGCGUCCUCAAAUGCCUGACGAGUGGGUCGAAAGAGGCCUGGUUGCUGAAGCUGCACGCCAGCGGCAACUCGAGACUGUCAAUUUCCGGCUAGGGAAGCUCGACUUCGACGGUGUUGAUCCAGAAUUAGGCAUGCAUCUUCUGUCGUUGCACUGGAAUCGCCAGCAUCACUCGUUUCUGGCGACAUAUCGUCCAGCCUUCAUGCGCGACAUGGCUUGUGGUGGCCCGUACUUCUCCAAACUGCUGCUGAACGCCAUCUAUUUCGGUGCCUCAAAGUUUAGUCCGCGCCAUGAAGUUCGCCGGGUUGCAGAUGAUGUGCGCACCGCAGGCUGGCAAUUUCGUCAAAGAGUGCGCGAGCUCUUAGGUGGUUCCUUAGACAAAAGUGAAGUUACUACCAUUCAAGCUCUACUGGUCAUGACCAACUCACUAUUUGCUCUCGGAGAUGAACGCAGUGCUGCUUGGUUGUAUGCAGGUCUUGCGUUUCGCAUGAUUGUCGAUCUCGGAAUGCAUGUGGACACAGUGGACCUGGCGGAAAACGAGGAAGAUUCUCAGAUGAGGGAGUAUGAGAUAAAGGAGACGCGUGUUCUGGGCUGCUUUCGUCAUACGAUCAUGAUCAUCGACAAGAUUCAGAGCUUGUAUCAGGGACGACCAGUCACUAUCAAAGAGGCCGAUACUCUUGUGCCCAUCAAGUUCCAGGAUACGUACGAAGAGCUCGAGCAUUGGGCACCUUUCGCAUACUCAACGCAGUCAAAUGCCGCUUACCUAGGCUCUCCAGCAUAUAGCAUCUCUACAUUCCGACAUCUCUGCAAGCUUUCUGUCGUUUUGAGCGACAUCCUCAGCACCAUAUACACCGAAAGAAGCUUUGACUCGAGUCCAGGGGAGCUCUCUUCGAAACUAGAGAGCAUCCAUCUCAAGUUAACAACAUGGCGCAGCGAAUUACCAGAACAUUUAGCGGUGGACGUCAAGAAGAUGCCAAUCACACCGCCACCCCAUGUUCUGAGUCUGCACGCCAUGUACAACGUCCUCAUGAUUCUCUUACAUCGUCCAUUUGUUGCUGAUGGUCACUUGUACAGCACGUCUCGUGCUAUUUCCGUCAGUUCGCUGCUGUCAUGUCAAACAGCGGCUGAUGACAUUGUUGCGCUCCUGCGUGUAUACGAUAAGGCGUUCAGCGUGCGAAGAGCUCCCUAUCUAAUAUCAUAUUCGACCUGCAAAGCGCGGAACAGGCUCUUCUGCCUAUACCAAUCUCGAGACUUGCUUGGCUGUAUUUCGAGAGAACCAAGAGACAAAUUGGGCUGUGCGACGCGGCGAAUGGUAGUUGUGCAGAAUCUGAUGAAGAGAUUGGGUGUCGCCUCACCCAGUCUGGACGAAAUUCAGAUUGAGAGCAGCCAUAACAGCACUCCGGACUCCUCAUCAGGCCGCCAGACGGGUCGUGAGCCUAGCCUGCAUAGUCUCGAUAUCGACGGCAUCAUUCAAAGUUUUGUGCGAGAACAGGAGAAUUCGCAUCCCGCACAAGUAGGACCAGCUGGUCGUCUUAAUUCGUCAGACGCAGCCGCACCGAUGCAGUCACUUUGGCCAUAUCCACCUACCGAUAUGUCCAAUGUCGCUCUUGCGGGACACAACGAUGCGGAUACCUCCCCAUAUGAUAAUAACAAUAACUGGGGAUACUCUGGCCAACAGCCCAUGUUCGCACAGGACCCCGUCAACGUUGACGACCUUCUAUACGGCUUUAAUGGGUCUGCACUGGACAGCUUUCCCGUUUUGGACUGGGACACGAUGUGA